AUGGCGGAGGACAUCGGUGGCGGAGGCGUCCCGAAACGGCGGGCGUGCUUCUCCUUCGCGGCCUACGCCAAGGCAGUGAUCGACCACCUCCGGGCCUCCGGCGUCGCCAUCGCCGGCGGGCUGGACGACUCCGAAUUCUUGGCGAUCAAGACGACGUACGGCUUCGAUUUUCCCCCCGAUCUUCGGUCCAUUCUCAGGGAGGGGCUCCCGAUCGGGAGCGGCUUCCCCAACUGGCGCUUCGCCUCGCCGCAGCAGCUCGAGAUCCUCCUCCGCCUCCCCGUCUCCGGCCUCCUCCACGAGGUCUCCAGGAAGGACUUCUGGUGCACCGCCUGGGGAUCCAAGCCCACAGGAGAUGAGACCGUGGCGGCGACGAGGAUCUUGGAGAGGGCCCCGGUCCUCGUCCCAAUUUAUCGGCAGUUUUACAUCCCGUCGGUCCCAAGUCUCGCAGGGAAUCCGGUGUUCUACGUCCGGGGCGGCGACGUGCGGUGCGCCGGGUUCGACCUCGCCGAUUUUUUCCAACGCGAGAGCGGCCGAUUCGUGCCCAAGGGCCGGGAACACCAGGGCGACGGAGGAGCGCCGCCGGCGCCGGUGUGGGCGGCGAAGGAGGCGAGGCGGGUGGAGGUGUGGACGGAGCUGGCGGCGGAGAGGGAAACGUGGGGAGGGCCGGAGAAGCUACGUGGGCUGGAGGGGUGGCUGGGGGAGAUGGGCUCGCGGCUGAGGGCCGGAGGAUGGGGGGAGGAGGAGGUGAGGGAAAUGUUGAUGAUGGGAUCGGGCGGCGAGGGGAAUCGGACGGUCGUGAGGGACCGGGAGAGCCUAAUCUGGCACGUGCGGCUGUUGUCGCUGGCGCUCCUCCGGGCGGGGUGGAGCCCGGAGGACGUGGCCGACUCGAUGGAGUGCGCGCGGCCAGGCGACGACGGCCGGAAGUGA